AUGGGAAUUGAGAGAAACCGCAUAAAAAUGUCGCAGCGAAGGGGAUGGAUUCCGUAUAAGUUUAUGAAUGUCCAAAAUCCGUCUAAGGACCCUAUUAAGUUCGAAGAAGACGGCCAAGGAUAUACAGUUACAGAUGUUUGCGCUUAUCACGGUUCUUUGAUUUUUGGUGACUCAAUGGGUCACUUACAUAUCUUAAAAGAUGUAAAUAACCCAACAUUUAUCGAUAUUCCGUUCUGUGAUGCACCAAUUAUGAAGUUACUUGCACCUCCAAGUACUCCAGCUCUUAUCGCUCUUAUUAAUUACACAGAUAGCAUUGGUGUCAUCAUGGCAGAUCCAGAAUCAAAUACAUCAUACGCAGAAACAUCAAUUCAGAAGCAGCCGGGCACUGAAAUUCAAUUUAUCACUUCAUCUCACAUGCUGGAGUAUUUCGCUUUAACAUUCGAUAAGCAUACUGUAUAUGUUUACCAGGUCCCAAGGAUUGGAUCUAAGAAGAUGGUUUUCGAAUGUAUCGAAACAAUCAAAAUCGAUGAAACAAUUACAAGUUUGCACUACGCUACAAGCUUAUUGUUCGAAAAUGCAGUAUUUAUUACAACUGAUAAAAAUAUUUACGCGUAUAAACAGAACAAAAAAGCUUUCUACAAGAAAGUUAUCGAUACAAAAGGCGUCGCAACCGAAUUCGCCUGCCUAAACGACAAAGGACUGUUGGCAGUUGCACGAGGACAAGACGUAGUCUUCUACAAUUUCGAAGGCGUCGAUUCAGAAACAAUUCCAAUCGAUCUUCCAGUAGAUCCAAUCAAAAUCAUGUGGUACAGAACAUAUUUAUUAGCCUUCUCAACACAAUACGAGACUGUAAAAGUCUACGAUGCAAUGACUCGUUGCACUUACGGAGGAUCUAAGUUUGGCAAAGAUGCGAAGUACAUUUUAUACGAAUGGGGCCAAAUUAUAUUACUCAUGAUGACACAAGAGUCAUCAGGAAGCACUUGCAAGAUCGCUACCCUUACGGAAUUCUCUACAGAAGAGAAAUUAAAGUCUCUCUGCGACAACCGCCAGUUCGAAGCCGCUCUUAAGCUUGCAGAAAAUGCACACAUAGGAGCUGCAAAGAUUGCAGAUAUCCAUCGUCAAUUGGGUGAUGAUCGUCAUAAUGCUCACGCAUAUGCUGACGCAAUUCAACAGUAUAUCCUUGCUAUUGGCUAUUUAGAACCUUCUUACGUUAUCAACAAGUUCCUCGAGCCACAAUACGCUGAGUUAUUGGUUCAAUAUCUCGAAGCACUGCAUGAUAAGGGACUUGAAGAGCCAUUACAGACACAGCUGAGAUUCAACUGCUAUACAAAGCUCGGCCGAGUCAGUUCUCUCUUAGAUAUCGUUGAUAAAAUUAUCAAUGACAAGAAGAAUGACGAAGAAAUCGAAUUUAACAUCGCUCCUGCUAUCAAGGUUCUCGUGGAGAGUGGAAAUGCCACUAAAGCUUCAGAGUUAGCCCUUGCAUUUGGCGAUUACAUCAUGUAUUGCCAGAUCAAAGAGAAAGAUAACAAGAUUCUCGAUGUCAGAGACAUUAUAUUCAAAGUUCCUGUUCUCCAAACGAAGAUUAAAAUCAUUUGCGAUUAUGGCGCAAAGAUUUUGUCUCAUUUGGACGAAACAGAAGCUCUUUCCUUCACCACAAAAAUCGCCGGACUCUGUUCUAUCAACUUAGAUGCAGAAACAAUCCCUCCAAAGAUGAUUUUCCACAUCUUCCUCGAAUUCCCUAAGAUGGAGUACAAAUUCCUUACUCUUGUACUCUCUAUGGCCCCACAGAACCUCACCGAUACACUCUGGAACCGAUUAAUUUCAACAUCAAUAAUCGUAAAUCCAGCUGAAACGAUUGGCUUGCUCAAACACCCACAGGCGAAAUAUAAUGAAGAGAUUGCCUUCCUUUCUGUAAGAGUUGCUCUCACAGAAUGCGAAAAUGUCAAAGAACAAGCGGCCAAAUAUGAGAAAUCUCUUCAAAAAGAUCCAAAUUCACCAAUCCCAGAGAUUCUUCUUGGCGUAGAUCUCAAGGCAAACGAUGCUAAGUACGGCCAGCUCUCACAAGCCAUGGAAUACAUGUUCCAUAUCAGAAAACAAUACAGAAUGAUCUUAAAUACCUGCGAACCUUCACAGAUGUACGAUAUCUGCCUCAGAUACCAGAAGGAUGAUCCAAAUAUAUGGUCAGAAGGCCUCCAACUCGCAGUCAGAUCCGGAGAUAUCGAUGUGACCAAGCAAAUCUCAUCGCAUGUAUUAGAUAAUGGCAUAAUGUUGUUGAAUGAAUUAUUGCCAAUACUUAAAGGCAUCAAAUCAACAGCUACGUUUGAUAUCAUUUCUGAAUUCACAAUUAAAGAGUUCGAAAGGAUCGCGAGCGAGACAAAUGAGAAGAUGAAGAAGCUACAACAGGAAGAUGAAGCUCUCGAAAAGAUGUACGUUGAAACAAACAAUUUACAAAAUAAUUGCAAAGUUUUCCGUGGAAUUAAGAACGGAAUGACAUGCGGAAGCUGCCAGCAGAAGAUAGAUUCCUAUCCAUUCUCAUGUUUCAAGUGCGGACAUACAUUCCAUCAGCCAUGCCUCGGAGAUGAACCAGAUCUUUGCCCAAUUUGCCGCCAGAAGGCAGAACAGAUAGCACACGACAGAAUAGCUCGUGUCCAUGAACAUGAGGAACAGCAGGAAAUCCUCACAGCAAUGAAGAACACAAACGACGGAAUUGGAAUUCUCGAAGAAGUGUUGAAAUCAGGAAUAUUAGAUAAUGAUUUAUCUCAGGAGGAUACGGAUGAUAUAAAGAAGUUCCUCGCGAAAUUCGGUUUAGGUGAAGAAUGA